UAGAAAAUUGGAGAACUGUUGAAGCAAGCAGCAAGAGGUAGCGCGAAUUUGCAGCGACAAGGAUGCUCAACAUCGGAACAUUUUCACCCCUUGAUUCUACAUCUCUCCUUUCACUAAACAAAACCUUCUUCUCUUCAACUAAUUCACUCUUCACAUUCACCUCCAAAAACGCAUCUUUUUCAUCUUAUUCUUAUCCACAACACACCCAUCUCACGUUCAAUAGAAGCGACAAUGGGCUUUUGCUGUUGCGUGCGUCUGCUUUGAAUAAUAGGCGGAGAAAAGUUGGCACUGACAUCGUGGAAAUGGACGGCUCUGAUUUUGAUGACGACGAAGAUGAUGACGAUGAGGGAAUGUUUUUGCCGUUUGGGGAGAUGAAGAGGUGGCUGGAGAGCAAGCCUCGUGGGUUCGGUGAAGGCAAGGCUUAUGAUACAUCUGUUGAAGAAAAAUUGCUUGAAGAAAUGGAGCAGAGUAGACAAGCUCAAAUUGCUAAUAUUAAUAAACUUAAAAACAACCCAGUGAGCAUUAGUCCCAAGAAACUCGAUGGAAGCAACAAAGCAUCUGAAGUAAUUCCAAGCAGUAUUCGUGUACGAUUGAUCAACCUUCCUAAGAAAAAGAACAUCCACAGGGAUCUGAAAUCUGCUUUUGAAGGUGUCCCUGGUAUAACUAACAUAAGCCCAGCGGUCUCUGGAAACAAGAAGACUAAGGACCCAAUUUGCAAGGGCUUUGCUUUUGUUGAUUUCAAGUCUGAGGAGGAUGCAACCAGGUUUGUGCAAAUAUUUUCACGACAAAGUAUAUCAUUUGGGAAGAUUCAGAAGCAGAUAAAAUGUGAGCUGAUGAAUUCAAAUUCUUCCAAUGAUGUUCAUGAGCAUUCCGUGGACAGCCCCUCCAGCGAUACUGAACUUAAAGUUGCUGACUUGGAAGAUGAUCCAGAUGCUGAUUUGGCUGUGGAUGAUGAGGAUUCCUUGGAUUCAUGGAUGGAAGCAGCCUCUGAUGCUUCUGAUCCAGAUGAUGAACUUGACUUGGCGGAAUUGGAGGAUAUGAGAGAGAAUCUAGAACUUGUCAGUGUAUCAGAGCUGACUGAUGAUGAUAUUGUGAAACGCUGUGCCAAAUCUGCCACUGAUUCAUCUUCCUCAAAUAACCAAAAGAAAAUCCGGAAUAUUGAAAAAAAGCUAAUUGCUAAAGGAAAAGUAAAGAAGGUUCCGAAGUUGAAUGUUCCAGGAUCUGCAAAGAGAUUAAGAGUCAAGGAGAAGGCUGUGCUGACAGACGUGUUUUCAAAAUAUGCAGCAAAAGCUUCUUUAACCUCCAAGGAAGGGAGCUGACCAUUGAAUGUACAAAUUACAAAUUGUUACAAAGAUGGAGACGAAUAGUAGUGGUUAGUGAAGUGGCGUGUAAACUUCUUAUGCUUGGAAAACAGUGGCCAUAAUGAAAAAGUUAUGUCUUGCUUUGUGUUUGA